AAAGGAAAUUUGGAGGAAAUUUUUGCAAAAUGAUUUUUUGGAAACACAGAGUUAGUUACCAGUCUCUCAGAUUUCGUUUUGCGCGUUCAAGAUGGCGACUUUCAGAAGAGUGACGGGUUUUCUCUUAAGAAAAGUCAGCGAAACUUCGUUUGUCGGGAGGAGUAGCGGUUUAUUUUUAUGCAGGUAAUGUUAGAAAUACCUCAUGGUUUUUAUCUGAGUGUUUUUUAGCUUUUAGGCAAAUUAUUAUCAUGUAUAUUUUAUGAAUAAUUAGGAAGGUACUCUGCCCCGGGCUCCCAGCUUAAAACUGGGUUAUCAUGACCUUUUGAAUUUGUUUUCUUUGUUUGAAACAAAGAGAUCAAAGAGCCGUUUUUAACAAUGUUAAAAUUCCUUGAUACAAGAUCAAUUAACUGAGAAAAUGAAUCCUAGAAAACGACAAUGUGCAAUAAAGUGUAAUAUAUUGUAAACACCUGUUUUACAAUUAUAUGAUAUCCUAGGAGCCCCCUGGGAAAGUUUUGCCCCGGACCCCAUGUGCAACCUCUCAGCAGCCUGGUUAGCAUAUAUUAUGUGUGUAAUUAAAUUAUUUAUGUGCACAUUUAAUUCCUUUUUUAGAAAUUGUACAAUUAAUGGGAAAAUCACAGCAUUUCAGGGACAAAUUAGGACUAACUCUACCAAGAAUGACCAAAUCAGAAAAGAUGAGCCAAUAGCUUAUUCAAAAUCACCAGCACGACAUCACAAAGUCAACGAUACUCUAAAGUAUGACUCGAGUAAACUAAACUCAUACAGGACAUUGAUAAUUUGUUUUGGUUUAUUCUCGUUCAUAAUUUAUUACGGAUUUAUUCGUGAAGAAAGUGAAGCUGAACAGAAAAUAUUUGAAUUUAAUGAAAUGCAAGAGAGCCCAGUUUUACAGAGCAACCAACAAACUGCUGGCCAUAGUGAAAUACUGAAGAAAUAAGAAAACAAAUUGAUGUUUGGAGGAACCUAUUUAUAAACAUUAAAUUAUAUUUUAUAUGUUGAUAAUUAUAUGUUUAUUUUCAAAAUUUAUUUCUCUGUUUAUGUUUUAAUUAAGGUGUUAUUAUUCACAGAGGAAUGAAACCAGCUGCCAACUAUGACUACUGUUUAUGAAUUAAAGCCUCUGUCAAUUAAACAAAGGUGAGGAUUGAUGAAAAAUGGGAGUUUGUGUGAGUGUUGCUUGUUGGUUGUCCAGAAUCAGUGGUCAAAUGCAGGCUACAUUUCUAAUGCUUGUUUGAAUGGGGCUUUAUAUAGGUCAAGUUUAUUUUGGUCUUCAAAAUGCAUUAACACCCCCCUGGAACAUUAAAUUUCAAUAUGUUUUCAGGGGGUGAUGCCUUCUCUUUAGGGCAAGCUUUCAUUGGUAGGGAUGCAACCACCUGAAAAUAUAUAAGGAGAAUUUGGGCGAAGGCCCUUCGUCUGGAGUUACUGGAGUCUCUUUAGGAGGCACUUGCUAAGAACAUGGUGGACUGGAAAUCCCUCACCUGAAGUGAGACCUCUGUAUAUAAUUACUCCAUGGCUCAAUACUGCUAUUCAGGGAACAUAAAUCCUGAUCGGUCAAAUGAAAACAAGAGUUGAGAAGCGAGAGUUUGCAUGAGAGUUCUCUCAACUCUCAUGCCCCGGUUAAAUUAACGAGAGUUGCAUGAGAGUUCCUGACUUUGAUUGGAAAACACUCGAUCAAUAUUUGAACCAGUUAAUGCGAAGCAAAGAGAGUCAAUGAGAGUUGGCAGUCGUCAUUUGCAUUAUACAGGGUGUAUCAAAAAAAGGAGACCUUUAGAAAUCAAGCAUAUUGUUAAAAUUUGAAUGCCUUUUCAAUUGCACAUAUGCUGAACCUUAGUGCGUGAAAUAUUGAUGGAUACAUAUAUUAGA